AGGUCUGGUCCCAUUCUCGUUAAGAAGUACGAGGGAGUGGAAAUCUGUGCCGAGGAUGUUGUCAUGAGGCUGUUGCUCGGAUCGUGCUACUCAAGAUCACUAAAGAACAAGUAGAUCGAAGAUCUCUCGUGUUUUCGACCCGGCUGCGGCUCCUAUGCACUCCACUUCCUGUCUCCGCACGUCACUUGUACUUGCUUAGCUUGUCACACUCGUUUGAGCACCUAGUCUUGCUUAUCCGGUUAUACUUUUCUCUAGUACAUGCAACUGCAUCAUGAUGAUACAUAUGUUUCUAUCAUGCAUCUACUUAUGUUUUCAGCCACAGGCACCACCACAGACUUACCUUCCAUUCUCAUACUCCAAAAAGAAUUUAUUUCAUCUGGUGGCCCUGCCGCGCCCCUUCCAUCAUUAUUUGCUACACAAAUCAUCUCCUUUAGAAAAAUGCCGUUUCUUUUCGGUUUCGGUGGCUGGUUGUCCCGAUUGUUCGGGCUCAGUUCUGCACCAGAGAAUGAGGGCAGUUCUAAAGACCGACUUGAAUCCCGACUCGGGGACCCAGGGAGCAUCUUGACCGAGGAAGAUGUCGAAAACGUUCUUGGGAAAGAGAAGAAACCGCCUCUAGGGGAUGGCUUGGCAUCUCCGACGUCGGGUUCCAUGUCGCCAGAGGAGUGGAGCAACUGGCCAGUAGCAUACAUGCACCCGGAGGAGGACGAUAUCAGCCAGAAGGAAGACGAACCUGCUGAUAAGGGCCGAUCCGGAGAUAAGGUAAGCUCGGGCUCAACCAUGACCUCCGCAUCUACUUCAGGCCAAAUAUCAUCCGGAGGGCGAGGGAUUACAGGUUCUACCGCGAGUCCUUCAUCUCCUCCAACAACUUCUGUGACAUCAAAAGCACCAGAGCUUGCAGCUGCUGGUGCAAGUAAAAGUGCUGCCUCAAGUAGCUCUGUGUCACCUGCCCAGGAAGUUACUGGCGAUGACAGUUCUGGACCGCUGGUGUGCGUGAGCAGUGUCAAGAGGUUUGGAGUGCAUCACACGGACCAGAUGGCAGAGCGACUCUUAACCGACCCUGAAGCAGGCUUUUGGCCAGAAUCGAAACUGGCAGCACUCAGUGAGGAUCCCACCUUCCAAGAGGAAGCGAAACUAGAAGAUUGGUUUGAGGUACUACGCCUAAGAAUCACGCUUGUUGUUAGAUUGAUCUGCGAGAACUAAGUAGUUGGAAUUCAAUUACUUAAUGUCUGACCUGCGUGAUGAGUUGUACUUCUAUCUCUUGAAGAAUCUACUUAGAUUUUAUCUUUAGUUCUUUCUCUCUGUACCUGGCGCUGACGUCGUCAUUCUUGGCGACCUCCUCUUGCUCUUCUUCACCUUCAGAUUGGCUGCCCGUACUCGGGGAGACCACCAGCAGCAUUGAGUGGUGGUCACUCCUCGUAUGGGGAAAGCUUCGCUCGUUUGACUCAUAACGCGGUGUGCGAUCCGAUGCCUCUCAAAAGCGCUGGAGAGAGCGCAGGGGGCGGCGCACCACCUGAGCUUCCGUGCAAUGCCUGUUAUUCCUGGUCGGACUCGGGCGUCGACUGGGGCGCUUGCAAACCGAAGACUCCAAGCGAUCCACCUUCCUGUGCGCUGGUACCGCUUAAGGAAUUGCUCUGGGCGCAGCGGCAGGUCGUGCCUGCGGGUGUCUUUUCAAAACAUCUGCCGCCACGCGUUGCGAGAGAACACUCCACGUCCAUUGCCAAGCCUAACCUGGGCAGCUUGCAGUACGCCACCGGCAUCACGAGCUACUUUAGCACACCAAGUCUUGGUCAACAAGAUGACGAAAGCGAAGAGGGCGACAAGCACGCUGCUAGAGCUUCCAGAAAAAAUGCGAUCAAUGUCAUCUUGCAUCACGAUAUGCCGAUCCCUCCCCCGCCAGCUUCUGCUUCAAAUGAGGCAAGAAAGCAUGUUGCUGCUGCAUCUUCAGCGUCCUCUUCCUACGUCUACCCACAGCUCCCGGUCGCGUUGCCGAAGCAUCUGUGGCUGCAGGCGUACCCUAACGUGGCCAAGCGCUAUGAUGACCUUUUAACGGACGCAAAGAACAAUGUACUAAAUCCUCUUGCGAAAUCCAAAGACUACCCAGCUAUUUGCAGUGGCGCGCUUGGCGCCGGAGAAGGCGGGGCCGAGGCCCACGAGAAGAACCUGCGGCGGGCCUUUCAUCGCGCACAGCAGCUCUUUCAAGACUGCCGCCGACUGCAAGACACGUAUACCGACAUCGUUCUCGGUCCGGACAAGACGGAAGGGACCAAAAUAGAGUUUGAUAAAGCUGUUUUGGGAGAUGAUGAUUCCGAUCCUGAUGCCGCUGCCGCGGGUGCUGCAGGGGCAGCGGCAAAUGGUGGCUCUUCAACUUCAGCAGGCAAAACUGGUAGCACUGUUGGUGGCAAAGGUAAUUCAUGGCUGAGUCCGCAAGAGGUGACAAAGAUCCUUUUCGGGCAAGACGCAAAGGUCCCAUCGUGUGGUGGACUCACCGAGCCUGACUUCAUGCAUGCAAAGGUCAACUUUCUGAACCUUUGUAAGAGAGUCAGCUGACACACAACACUGAAUGUUGAGAGAGGUCGUGGUGUACCUCGUCAUUUUCUCACGAACUUUUUAUUUGGACACAGUGAGUAGACAAGGAUUCUCUUUUAUCUGUGAUAUGUGUGUGUGUGGUGUGUGGUGUGCCAAGCACCUGCCCCCGUGAUCGAAUCUGAAAAUUGCUUCGAAACCGCAGCGACACACGACUAGCAUUCUGUACUAAGCGUGCACAUUCUAGU